CAUCAUCCCAGAGGUUACAAAUAAUUCCGCCUUUUGAUAUCACAAGCACUAGCCAUGGAGAAGAACCAGCUCCUCCUCGUCCUCCUGGUUGUGGCCGCCUCCUUCACGGCCUCUUCUGCUGCUCGCAACAAGAUCAGCAGCACCAGGGCCACUCCAACGGUAUACGAGAUGCUGGCGAACUACGACUUCCCGCCGGGCAUCCUCCCGGAGGGAGUGCAGAACUACACCCUCAACGCAGACGGCUCCUUCGACGUGUUCCUCCCCAGCGCGUGCGAGAUCGACGUCUCCAGCUUCAAGCUCCAGUACGAGAGCACCAUACACGGGAGCAUCAAGAACAUGGUGAUCGACGAGCUGCAGGGGGUGAGCGUGAACGUCGCGGUAACACGGGUGGGCAUCACGGGCGUUGACCGGGACGGCGACGACCUCAAGUUCGACGCCGGCGUGAUAUCCAAGUCGUUCCCCGUCGGCACCUUCGCCGUCAGUCCCUACUGCAGCUCAUGAGGCCUCGGUUGUCCAUGAUGGGCGUGGCCUAUUCACAUGUGUGGCGUGUGUUCAUUUACCUUGCAUGUAUUGUAUAUAUGGCUUGCUGUAUGUUGUUGCUUCGAAAUCAUUAUCAAAUAAAAUCGCAAAUGUAUCUUGCAGAAGGGGUUUCAGUUAUG